CUAUUAAAUCCGCCAAGAAUAUGAAGUUCAGACUAUGAACACAUCAGUGGCGAGCGGAUGCUGCGGCAGCACAUUUGUUCUUUCCUACCCUCCUCAUUCUCAUUGUCAUAUACAUCAAAUCAACUCAUACCUACCAACACUUCCAAAUUUUUUCAAAACUGGGUCAUCCCAGCAUCGGCCAAAGUCACUGAUAAAACCAUCAAGCAGCAGAAGUAAUUUCACAACCGGAAGGUUCCUGCAAACCAUCAUAGCAUGCUCCGGAGACUCUCCCUCGAAGGCGCUCCGGCGGAUUCUUGAACUGCCGGGUGUUCACCAGGGCCCCGCCUGCUUCGAUGCUCUCAGUGCAAAGCUUGUGGAGAAAGCUGGCUUUCAGUACUGUUUCACCAGCGGGUUUUCCAUGUCAGCUGCAAGAUUAGGGUUGCCGGAUGUGGGUUUUAUUUCUUAUGGGGAAAUGAUGGAUCAAGGGCAACAAAUCACCCAAGCUGUAUCAAUUCCCGUAAUUGGGGAUGGCGACAAUGGUUAUGGGAAUGCAAUGAAUGUCAAGAGAACCACCAGAGGAUUUAUUAAAGCUGGAUUUGCUGGAAUUCUUCUUGAAGAUCAGGUAUCUCCAAAAGCUUGUGGUCAUACACGUGGUGGGAAAGUCGUGUCUAGAGAGGAAGCAGUGAUGCGGAUAAAAGCUGCUAUUGAUGCUCGGAGAGAAUGUGGCUCUGACAUUGUUAUUGUGGCACGGACUGAUUCUCGUCAAGCAAUUUCUUUGGAUGAAGCACUUUGGAGAUCACAAGCAUUUGCUGAUGCCGGAGCUGAUGUUCUUUUCAUUGAUGCACUUGCUUCGAAGGAAGAGAUGAAGGCAUUUUGUGAAGUUUCUCCUCUUGUUCCCAAAUUGGCUAAUAUGCUUGAAGGUGGUGGGAAAACACCAAUUCUCAAUCCUAUUGAACUUGAGGAAGUUGGAUAUAAACUUGUUGUUUAUCCACUUUCUUUGAUUGGGGUUUCUAUUCGAGCAAUGCAGGACCUAUCAUCGGGGAAGACGAUUGGCACUGCUAAGGCGCAUGAGGGUCUCUACUACUUUGAGGAGGAUGCUUUAUCUGCUAUCAAACGAGGCUGUAUCCCUCCUCCUGGAAGCAUGCCGUCUUUUGAAGAAAUGAAGGAGAUUUUAGGUUUCAAUGCUUACUAUGAAGAGGAGAAGCGAUAUGCUUCUAGCACCAGUCUGCUAUCUUCACAGAAAGAAAGCAGAUAUAUAGACAAUAUACAACAAAGGUCUGAAGAUGAUACAGAGAAGACAGGUCAAAGUUCUCAAGAUCCUGUGGUGGAAGUGAUAACUCCUGAUGUGUACACUAAAUAUGGUGCAGAUGGUUCAAGGGAUCCUUUUUCUGGGAUGUGGUCUUGGACAUUGAGAAUCAAAAUUACUGGAGGAGAUGGAUUUGAGAAACUUGACAUCAGGAUUCCUGCUGGAUUUUUGGAAGGGAUAAAAAAUAUAGUUCCAGCUUUGGGGGGUGUAAACCUCAAAGCAUUGUUGGAUGAUGCAGCUGAGGAAACUAGAGGGAAGGUCCUGUUGGAUUUGAACGACCAAAAGGGUGAUAGAAUUCAGAUCAUUCUCGAGUAACUUGUCCUCCUGAAUUUGGACGAGCUCCUGUGUGCAUCUUAAACUUGUAUAAGUAAUUGAAUAAAAUAUACUUAUAUCAAUAUCUGCAUCGUAUGAUGAGCUUGUAUGACUAAAGAAAGACAUUAAAAUGGCUGGCAAUUUCUUUGUCAGAAAUCUCAGCUGGAAUUUUCAAUAUGUAUGCAUGCAUAAGCAUCAUAUUCUGAAUCUGUUGAAGAUUAGUCCACCCGUUGAAAUAAAAAAAAAGGAUGAAAAAUGAGUAAAUCUUUGAUUUCUUCAA